AUGGACGAACCUAACAUUUCCAUGAGGCAAAUUCGUAAACAAAUUUCAGAACUAUUGUCUAUUGGCAAACGUUCAAUCCACACGAUCAUUAAGGCUUACAAUGAGACAAAGACGGUGCCAGUCGCAAAAACAACACGUAAGAAAAAAUCAUUUCGCGAUCUUUUUGACGAUUUUUCAAAAAACGCAGUACGUAGGCACGUGCAUAGCAUCUGGUUUCGCCGUGAAAUUCCUACGAUUGAUAAAAUCCACCAAGCCGUGUCAGCCGACGACAGUUUGCCAACAGUAUCGCGCACAAUUUUAUUUCAUCUUUUAAAAGAUUAG